AUGGAGCCUAUUGCCAUCGUUGGGUCCUCGUUCUGCUUUCCGGGCGGAGCAACGACAGACUCGAGCUUCUGGGAACUCCUCAAAGAUGGUCGAGAUAUCCAGAAGGAGCCCGAGCCCGACAGGCUAAACCUUGGGAAGUUUCACCACCACGACGGCGACCGUCAUGGCUGCUCGCCCGUCACCAAAUCGUACUUCUUGGACGGGGAUCCGCGACGUUUUGAUGCCGCAUUCUUCAGCAUCAGCCCGCUGGAAGCGGAGGCGAUGGACCCGCAGCAGCGCAUGCUUCUGGAAACCGUGUUUGAGGCCAGCGAAAGCGCAGGCUACACUCUGGACCGCCUUCGAGGGUCGGAUACCUCGGUGCAUGUCGGAGUGAUGACCAACGAUUACUCGGACAUUCAGCUACGUGACAUGGAAGAUGCGGCCGCAUACACGUCUUCGGGCACGGCCCGAAGCCUGUUGGCCAACCGGAUAUCCUACUUUUUCGACCUCAAAGGGCCGUCGAUGACGGUUGACACGGCAUGCUCGUCGUCGUUGGUGGCGCUUCACCAGGCCGUGUGCGGUCUCAGCGCCGGCGACAGUAGCCUUGCAAUUGUGGCCGGCUGCAACCUGAUCCUCGGGCCCGAGGUCUAUAUCGCCGAGUCGAAGCUACACAUGCUCUCGCCCACCGGCCGCUCGCGCAUGUGGGACGCGGAUGCCGAUGGUUACGCCCGCGGAGAAGGCGUGGCAGCCCUACUGCUUAAGCCCUUAAGCCAAGCGCUUAGGGACAAAGACCACAUCGAGGGCAUCGUCCGAGGCACAGGAGUCAACUCUGACGGGCGUACUCCUGGGAUCACCAUGCCGAGCGCAGCAGCCCAGGCGCGUCUGAUUAGAAGGGCCUAUCAAAUCGCGGGCCUGGAUCCCCUCAAGCCGGAAGAUAGGUGCCAGUAUUUUGAAGCGCACGGCACUGGAACUCCCACCGGCGAUCCAAUCGAGGCGAAUGCUAUCAGCGACGUCUUCUUCCCCAAGAGGAGCAGCGUUGGUUCUGCAGACAGCCUGUUCGUUGGGUCCGUGAAGACGGUUAUUGGACACUUGGAGGGAUGCGCCGGCCUGGCCGGGGUAAUCAAGGUGUUGCUGGCGAUGAAGCACGGCGUUGUUCCGCCUAAUCUGCAUUUCGAGAAGCUGAAUCCAGCCAUUGAGCCAUACUACGGGCCACUGGUCAUUCCAACCAAGGCUGAGCUCUGGCCUGCUCCGGCUCCCGGCCAUCCGAAACGGGCAAGUGUCAACAGCUUCGGCUUUGGCGGUACCAACGCCCACGCCAUCAUCGAAUCCUACGAGCCGCAUCCCGACGUCGACGGAGACUCGGAUGCGACCGACGCCCCAUUUCCUGGCCCUUUUGUCUUCAGCGCCAACAGCGAGCGGUCACUGCUCGACAACGUGCGCAAAACCGCCGAGCACCUGCAAGCCCACCCCUCCAGCUCCCUCUCCUCGCUCGCCCACACGCUCCUGCACCACCGCAGCGGCCUGCCUCUCCGAACCUCCUUCUCCGCCACCAGCCGCGAGCAUCUCGUCUCCCAACUCCUAUCCGCCACCCCGGCCGCCCUCCAACCAACCCACCUCCGCCCGCUCACCUCGCCCGACGACGGCCUCGGCACGCUCGCCAUCUUCACCGGCCAGGGCGCACAAUGGGCCGGCAUGGCGGCUCCCCUGCUCGCCUCGUCGCCCAUCUUCGCCGCCGCCAUCGCGCGCUGCGAGGACGCCCUGUCCAGCCUGCCAGAAGCGGCCGCCGACCGCCCCUCCUUCUCCAUCCGCGCCGAGCUGCUCGCGCUGCCUGCCUCGGCCAGCCGCCUCGGGCGCGCCGCCGUGGCGCAGCCUGCCGUCACGGCGGUGCAGAUCGGCCUCGUCGACAUGCUGCGCGCGGCGGGCGUGGCGCUCGCGGCCGUCGUCGGCCACUCGAGCGGCGAGAUGGCGGCGCUGUACGCGGCGGGCGUGCUGGACGCGCGUGACGCCGCGCGCAUCGCCUACUACCGCGGGCUGCACGCCGACGCGCUGCCGGGCGACGGGGCCAUGAUGGCGGUUGGCAUGGGGCGGGCCGCGGCUGAGCGGUUCUGCGCCGCGUGGAAGGGCCGCAUCUGCGUCGCGGCCGUCAACGCGCCGGCGAGCGUGACGCUGAGCGGCGAGCGGGACGCCAUCGAGGCGGCCAAGCGGGCGCUGGACGCCGACGGCGUCUUCGCGCGGCUGCUCCGCGUCGACCGCGCGUACCACUCGAAGCAGAUGGAGGCGUGUGCGGACCGCUAUCUGGCGGCGCUCACGGCGUGUGGCAUCAGGCCGCGGCAGCCGGCACCGACGGCGCCCGUCUGGGUGUCGAGUGUGCGCGGGGAUGCGGACUUGUGGUAUGCCCAAGACUUUGAGGCGCUGCGGGGACAGUACUGGGUGGACAAUCUGGUCAGCCCGGUGCUGUUCGCCGAUGCCGUCGAGGCGUCGUGGACGCAUGGCGGGCCGUUUGAUGUCGUCGUCGAAGUGGGCCCGCACGCGGCGCUGAAGGGACCAGUCGCCCAGACGCUGAAGCAGAAGCUCCAGGUCAGCUUGCCGUACUGCAGCGUCAUGGUGCGCAACGAGAACUGCGUCGAGGCGUUUGCUGGAGCAUUGGGGCGAAUGUGGGAGCAUUUCGGCUCCGACGCAUUCGACUUUGACGGCUACCGCAGAUGCUGGGGGGCGACGGCAGAGCCACGGCUGCUCAAGGGCCUGCCGUCUUAUUCCUGGGACCACGCCCAAGUGGUCUGGAGAGAGUCGAGGAUCUCGCGCAACCACCGCCUGCGCAACGACAAGCCAUACACGAUGCUUGGACGACGGUGCCCCGAUGACUCGGAUGAAGAGCCACGCUUCCGUAACAUGCUGAGCCUAAAGGAGCUUCCCUGGCUCGAGGGCCAUCGAUUCCAGGGACAAGCAUUGUUCCCCGCGACUGGCUACAUCAGCAUGGUCCUCGAAGCCAUCGACGCCAUUGCCGGCGGUCGCACUGUGAAGUUGGUUGACAUUGACGACUUCACUAUCGACCGCGCGCUGACCCUGGAAGACCUCACUCGACCCGUGGAAACGGUGUGCUCUUUCAAGAUUGGCAGCUCGCGGCACGCGGACCAGCUCUGUGCAAGCUUCACCUGCUAUGUAUGCACCGACCCUGGCGCCGGCACGCUGCACAAGGCGUCUGGUGGAAAGCUGAGCGUUUAUUUCGACGUCUCCACGAACCCGGACGAGCUGCCUCCCAGAGAUGGCUCGCUCGUCACGCCUUCAAGUGUUGACGUGAACAGAUUCUACGAAUCGCUCCGCAACAUUGGCCUCGAGUACAGCGGUCUUUUCAGAGGCCUCCGCUUGGCGAGCCGGGCUGAUGGCGUUGCGACCACGGUUGCAAUGUGGGAAGACGGAGAGAUGGUGCCCGAACCGGGGCUGCAUCCUGCCGUCUUGGACAGCGCCUUGCAGUCGAUAUUUGCUGCGUACUGCGCCCCAGCCACUGAAAGGCUAUGGACUGCCUAUCUUCCGACGGCAGUUAGAAAGAUCUCUGUCGACAUGCGGACUGCGUUUCGCGAUCAACACGGACGGGUAGAGGUCAGCGUCGAUGCCCACGUCACGAGCUCUUCCGCAUCAGCUCUGGUCGGCGACCUCGCGUUGUACGGGCCUGGAAACAGGCCCGCUGUCCAGCUGGAAGGCUUGACCUUGACCGCACUCCAAGAGGCCGACGCGUCUAACGACCGCAUCAUCUUCAGCCAACCCGUGUGGGAGGCUGAUUUCUUGAGCCGCCCCGCCACCGUCGAACGCCCGAAGGGCCAAGAAGCCGUAGAAGCAGACCUCGUCAGGAAGGCCGAGCGGCUUGCACUGUUCUUCUAUCGCAAGAUCCUCACCGAUGUUGCCGACAUUCCGGAGGACCAGCUCAAGUGGCACCACAAGCGGAUGAUUGAAACGGGCCGCAUUAUGAUCGAGCAAGCACAUGUGGGAGUUCGACCACUCAUCCAGAAAGAUUGGCUCACCGACACCCGCGAAACCAUCGACGCCAUUCUGCGCGAACACCCAGACCAGAUUGACAUGAGGCUGUUGCGCGCCGUCGGCGACAAUCUGCCCGGCGUCUUCCGUGGCGAGAGGCAAAUCCUGGAAGUGCUGUUCGCCGACGACAUGCUAACGAAGGUCUACCUCAGCGGCCUGGGCCUGCCACGCCUCAACGCGCAGAUGGCGUCAUAUGCACGCCAGAUCACUCAUCGGUACCCCAAUGCCAAGAUUCUUGAGCUGGGCGCCGGCACCGGGGCUACUACAAAAGCACUUCUAGAAAGAAUUGAUGGCGCCUUCUCAUCCUACACCUUCACCGACGUCUCGUCGGGCUUUUUUCCCAAGGCGAAGCAGUUGUUUGCGCAAUAUGGCUCUCGUAUGGUGUUCCAGACGCUGGAUAUCGGCGUACCUGUGCAUGAGCAAGGUUUCAAGGAGCACACCUAUGACAUCGUGCUUGCAUCCAACGUCCUGCACAUCACCGACAAUCUGGAAGCAAUGCUUCAGAGGGUGCGCAAGCUGCUGAAGCCAGGCGGAUAUCUGCUUGCCGUCGAACCCACUUCGCAGCUGAUGCGAGUCCAGCUGAUCAUGGGUGGGCUGGAAGGCUGGUGGCUCGGUGGCGACGACGGCCGCAGGCUGAGCCCGGCCGCGUCCGCGACAACGUGGGAUGAGAAGCUACUGAACUCGGGAUUCUCUGGCAUCGAUGUUAUUCACAACGACAACGAUGACGAACGGGUCCACUACUACUCUUCGUUUGUGAGCCAAGCUGUCGACACCACGAUGACGACUCUUCUCGAUCCGCUGGCGAGCCUGCACACCCUCUCAGAAGACGUGCAAUUCGCCUUGAUUGGCGGCUCGUCCCUGUCGGCUUCUAGACUCGUGCGCUCGCUGCGCGCGACACUUUCAUCAUAUGGGCACAGGGUCCUGCACUUUCCGCACCUUCAGGCCGCCGGCUCGGCCGGACUUUCGUCUCGGACUGCGGUUCUGUGCUUGGCGGAGCUGGACUCACCACUGUUCUUGAAUGGUGUAGAUGAAGCCGUGCUCGAGGCCCUAAAGAAAGUCUUUGAGAGGUCAAAAGCUGUCCUGUGGCUCACCAGGGAGGACGACGCAACUCCCGGGUACUCGAAGAUGAUGGUGGGUUUGUCGAGAGGACUGCGUUCCGAGAUGCCUUCCCUAAAGCUUCAGAUCCUGGACUUGGACGGCAACGUCGCGCUCAACCCCAGUGUGAUCGCUGAAAAUUUCCUGCGUUUCGUUUUCGCGCAAGAGCUGGGCAUCGACGGGCAACCUCUUCUGUGGACAACUGAACCGGAGCUGGCGUUGAGAGGAGAUGUAUUGCUCAUCCCGCGGGUGCGGCCGGAUCAAGAGACCAACGAUCGGCUCAAUUCUUCGCGUCGUCGCAUUUUCCAUCAAGCCAUUCCGGCAGACGAAGAAAUCAUCCGUGUCUGUCCAUCGCAAGUCCUCAAGGCUGUCGCUAAACCAAAGACAGCACGCAUUGCGUCGGAUCAGAUCGAGGUCACUGUGAAAAUGUCGACCCUCGCGGCUCUACCGGGGUUGAACUUGCAUUUGUGCUUGGGUAAGCUGAGCAGUGGAGAGUCCGUUUUGGCCCUGUCACGAGACAAUUCAUCGACUACAAUAGUUCCGGCGCAACACGCAAUCUCCGUCGGAGCGGAGAUCCAACCGGGCCAGAAUGCACUAUCAUUAAUGGCAGCCAUCCUCGCUGCCCUGACAUGGAUGCAUUCCGCCCCCGAGGGCUCGUCCCUCUGGCUUCAUGACUGCACGGAAUCAAUCGGCGACAUCUUCGAACAUGAGGCUUCCAAACAUAUGGUUCGUGUGUUUAGGACAACAUCUGCGAGCCCGCCACGAGAUCCAAAGGCCAUCUACAUCCAUCCAAGAGCGCCUUUGCGCACCAUGGGGCUUUUACCGGACCGAGUCGCAGCAGUCAUUGUCGACGGCCCGGAGAGCGCGACCGAGCAAUUUCUUUCCAAAGCCCAGCUACUAGUCGAGGCGCCCAUGUGCACCUUCGGAUCCGUCUUCAAUUUCCCGGGGAAAUUGCCGUGUGCACUUGAAGACGAGUCGGUGCACAUGCUGCUCAAGGAAGCCGUCAUGUCCUGGACAGAGCUCAACGGCCGGCCACAGAUACACGUCCCUGUCCUCGCCACCUCGCCCAACAAGCUCGGUGAAUGCAUCUCGGACCAACUCAUUGUCGUGGACUGGACAGGGGCAGAAAAGAUGCAGGUCUGCGUCGAACCUAUAGAUCCAACCCAGCUGUUUGCGAGCGACAAGACGUACCUACUCGUCGGCUUGACAACGGAGCUCGGCCGCUCCAUCUGCGGCUGGAUGGUCGCCAACGGCGCUCGAAACCUGGUCCUCACCAGUCGAGCCCCGCAGGUGGACGAUGCCUGGCUGGAGGCCAUGUCCAGCAAGGGUGCCAGGGUGCUGGUCCUCGAAAUGGACGUGGCCGACUGGGAGAGCGUCGCAAAUGUGGGCAAGCAGAUCUGCAGCGAGAUGCCGCCGGUGGCGGGUGUCUGCAACGGCGCCAUGGUCCUGUCGGACAAGACGUUCAUCCAGACGGAUUCACGAGCAGUCGAAGAAGCCCUGCAACCCAAAGUCCACGGCAGCAUCCACCUCGACAGACUCUUCUCCGAACAAGACCUGGACUUCUUCAUCAUGCUGUCUUCUCUCGGAAGCGUCAUCGGCACGCCAGGCCAGACAAACUAUCACAUGGCCAACAUGUUCAUGGUCGGGCUGGCGGAAAGCCGACGGCGGAAAGGCCUCGCUGCGUCUGUGCUGGACGUAGGCAUGGUCGCCGACAUUGGGUACGUCACGCGGCAGAACCCGUCGGUGGAGAAGGGCUUGCGGAGAAUGUACUUCCUCCCGCUUUCGGAACAAGACGUACACUUCAUGUUCGCCGAAGCCAUCGUUGCCGGACGACCCGACGCCGCAACGCGCCCGCCGGAGCUCAUCACGGGGCUGCGCAUCAGCGAGGACGAUUCGGAACGUCCGUUCUGGGCCGUCGAUCCGAGGCUCUCGUUUUUCGUGCGGGAGGCGAGGGCGGCUGCACAGGCGGCGCAAGACGACGACACAGUCGUCGAUCUGGCCGGCCUACUGAACGCCGCGACGGAUGGCGAUGCUGCCCUGGCCGCGCUGCAGGAAGCUUUCGUCAAGAAGUUGAAAGUACUGCUGCAGUUGCAGACGAGCUCCGUCGAUGUGGGGAUCCCGCUGGUCGGCUAUGGCGUCGACUCGCUGCUGGCAAUGGAGAUCCGAACGUGGUUUCUGAAGGAGACGGACACGGACAUCCCGGUCCUCCACAUCAUCAACGGAGCCUCAGCAGAGGGCAUCUGCCGCGUGGCGCUGGACCAAUUGGCUUCCAGAAAGGACAAGCAGAGCACAGCUCCCCAGCAGGAACCAGAUCACACAAGCAGCAAGCCAGACAGCUCCACAUCGACCGAUUCCAACGCCCCAACGCCGCCGAGCAGCAGCAGUCCCUCGCCACAGCCACAACCACAGCAGCAGAAGCGCCGGCCUGCGCCCAAGCCCCGCGUCGUCCGCACGGCGCCACUCUCGCCCGCCCAGUCGCGCAUCUGGUUCCUCCAGACCUUCCUCUCCGACCCAACCACCUACAACGAAACCCUCCUCUACUCCAUCAGCGGGCCCCUCGACGCGCGCCGCUUCGCCGCGGCCUUCCGCGCCACCGUCGCCCGCCACGCCGCCCUGCGCACCGCCUUCUCGGCGGCCACGGGGGGCCGCGGAGAAGAAGAAGAAGCCGUGCAGAGCGAGCUCGACGCGCCCACGGCCACGCUCCGCACCGUCAACCUCGGCGGCGCCGACGAUGCCGACGCCGACGCCGCGGUGCAGCGCGAGUUCGAGGCGCUGACGACGCGCGUCUGGGAGCUCGGCGAGGGCGUGUCGCUGGGCGGUGUGCUGCUGCUGCUGGGGCGGCGGCACGACGACGACCAGGAACACGCCUUCUUCAUCCUCGGCGGCCACCACCUCGUGCUCGACGGCGUCAGCUGGGCGCGCCUGGUGCGCGACCUCGACGCGGCAUACCGCGGCGCCGCUCUGCCGCCGGCGGCGUCGUACGUCGACUACGCCAUCGAGCAGCGGCAGGCGCUGGCGGCGGGCCGGUGGGAGCGCGAGAUGGCCUUCUGGCGGGGCGAGCUGGCGCCGCUGCCGGCACCGUUGCCGCUGCUGGGCGUGGCGCAGGCGAGCGCGCGCCGGGCCGUCGACCGGUACGACACGGCGCACGCGGGCGUGGAGCUGGGCGCCGACGCGGUCGCGGCCGUCAGGAGGGCCAGCGGCGCGCUGCGCGUCACGCCGUUCCACUUCCACCUGGGCGUGCUGCAGGUGCUGGUGUCGCGGCUGGCGGGCGUGUCGGAGCUGUGCGUCGGCGUCGUCGACGCGGGCCGGGCGGACCGGCGCUACCUGGAGACGGUGGGCUUCUUCGUCAACGUCGUGCCGGUGCGGCUGCGGACCGGCGCCGACGACGACGACGACACGUUCGACGCGCUGGCCCGGCGCGCCGCCGACAAGGCGCUGCAGGCGCUGGCCCACGCGGAGGUGCCCAUGGACGCCGUGCUGGACGAGCUGAAGGUGCCGCGCUCGGCCACGCACAGCCCGCUGUUCCAGGUCGUCAUCAACUACCGGCUGGGAGCGCUCGCCCAGGAGACCAUCGGCGACUGCAGGAUCGAGUACGUCCGGUCCAAGAGCUCCAGCAACCCGUACGACCUGACGCUGGACAUCACCGAGUCGGCCGGCGGAACGUGCAUGCUGAGCCUCACCGGCCAGGACUAUCUGUAUCCCACGCACGCGUGCCAGCUGCUGCUCGACGCCUACGUCCACCUGCUGCGCUCGCUGUCCGAAAACCCGCGCCUGCCCGUGGCCCAGUGCAGGCUGUAUGGAGCGCGCGGGCUCGAUGAGGCCGUCCAGCUCGGCCGCGGCCCAAGGCAAGAUGAGAGCGAGUGGCCAGACACCAUCUCGCGGCGCGUCGAGCAGGUGGCUGCGAGCAUGCCCGACAACACGGCCGUCCAGGAGAGCGACGGCCGCGCCUACACGUACGCGACGCUGGCCCAGAAGGCAGACUCAGUGGCCGAGGCUGUUGCCGACGCGGCAUCGCUCGACGGCACCACGGCCUUCGUCUGCCUGCUGUUCGACCCGUCGGCCGCCUUCAUCUGGUCCUUGCUGGGCACUCUCAAGACGCCCGCCGUGGCCGUCCCGCUGGACGCGACGAUGCCACGCGAAAGACUGCUCAGCAUCGUCCAGGACUGCAAGCCCGCCGUCAUCCUCUGCCACGCGGCCACCAUCUCGCUCGCCGCCGCCCUCGCCCUCCCCUCGACCACCGUCGUCAUCGACGUCUCGACGCUCGCCCCCGCCGCGGCGCCCGUCCCCAACACUUCGACGCCGCUCGCCCCCGCGCUGGCCUACUACACCAGCGGCACGACGGGCGCACCCAAGGGCGUCCUCGUCACGCAGUCGGCCUACCGCCACAACAUGCUCGCCAGCACCGCCGCCUUCGACAUGUCAGCCGCCGACACGGUGCUGCAGCAAUCCUCGCACGCCUUCGACAUGUCGGCCCUGCAAAUCUUCGUCGCCCUGUCCGUCGGCGCCCGCCUGGCAAUCGUCCCGCGCCCCGCCCGCGGCGACCCGUCGGCCGUCGCCGAACUGCUGCACGCCCACGGCGGCGUCACGACGGUGCUCGGCACCCCGGCCGAGUGGACGAUGCUGUUCCAGCACGCGGGCGCCGCCGUGCGCCGGUGUGCCGGUACGCUGCGGUGCGUCGCCAUCGGCGGCGAGGCCUUCGCGGUGCCGCUGAUCGCCCAGUUCCGGCGGCUGCUGCCAUCGCCGCCGCGGCUGUUCAACAUGUACGGCCCGACCGAGACGAGCAUGAUCUCCAACGUCGGCGAGCUGCGGGGAUACCACCACGAGACGACGACGACGACGCCCGCCGAGAGCGCCAACCAGCGCCUCGGCGUCGGGCCCACCCUGAGCUCCUACUCGGUCUACGUGCUGGACGCGGAGCUGCACCCCGUGCCGCCCGGCUUCCCGGGCGAGAUCUGCAUUGGGGGCGCCGGCGUGGGGCUGGGCUACUUGAACCAGCCCGACCUCUCCGCCGCGGCCUUUGUGCGCGAUCCCUUCGCGACCGCCGACGACGUCGAGCGCGGCUGGACGCGCAUGUACCGCACCGGCGACCGGGGCAUGCUCCGGCCGGACGGCUCGCUGGUCGUGCUGGGCCGUAUGGACGGGGGGCAGCAGCAGCAGGUCAAGAUCCGGGGGCUGCGCAUCGAGCUGGAGGACGUGGCGGCCAACAUCGUGAAAGCUUCCGACGGGAAGCUGGCGCACGCGGCCGUCGUCGUCAAGGGCGAGGGAGCCGAGGCGCAGGUGCUGGUCGGGUAUGCUGCUUUCUCUGCUGCUGCAGACGUGCCGGCCGGAGACGACGAGGAGAAGAAGCGCUUCUUGGCCGAAUUGGUGGCCGCCGGCUGCCGAUGA